AUGUCGACUACUAUGCCCGCUGUGCAAGGCCUGAAGAAACGAAAGCGUACGGAUACAGCUGGAGGAUUGGUGGCGGUGGUGAACUCAAGUUCGUUCGAGGCACCGCCGGCCUGGGCAUUCUUUCUGCAGAAUGUACCGGCUGCAAACACCUCCCCGCCUGCUGUCCUCGCUGUUUUCGCCAGACUCUACCAUAAUGCCCUCACUGGGUAUCGGUCUGCACUGAAACAGCACCACAGGAUUCUCGCUGCGCGGGACCGCUUCACAGUGGAAUCCAAUGGAGACUCUGUCCCUGUCGCGAUCUCCAACACGCUCAAGGGCCCCAUGUUCCUCUUCCCGAAGGAUAUCUCUGCGGAAGCAGAGGAACUAACCAAGGGGGCCCAAGAGCAAUAUAUGAGCGCGUUAAAAGUGAUGAAGUCGGCGGCUGUAGACUUCGUUCGUGCUUGUCAUGAAAAGAACGUUGAGGCAAGCCGUACUCUGAUUGACGCUGAGUCCAAGGGAGCCUGCCUUUCGGUAGACCUCCAAUCAUAUGCCUCCCAAAUCAUAAAAGAUGCGGGAUACGCAGACGAUAAUAUUUGGAAUGCAUAUAUCAAUGCGGUAGUGAGUGCAAUGGGGGCUGAGCUCAACGGUAUACGCUUUGACAUUGCCGUGCUCGUCCGUGCAGAACGUGAAGAGAAGGCUGCUAAACAGGCCACUCUCACUACUGCCACCACUGAUGCAGAGAUGCAAGAUGGUACUCAACCCAUCGUCUUCGAAAGCCCCAGUGUCGAAGAAAAAGGACAAGGAGCCGCAAGGGAGAGGAAAUGGAAAAGGAAAAGGAAAAGAAAAGGAGGCAUCCACAGGAGAGCAGGGAGGGAAGCGGAAAUCGAAGAAGUCGAAACCCUCGGAGUCAAACGACACCGACUAGAUGCUUCGCACAUGCCUCCCCCAAUUCCCCACCUCAUCACUACAUGGACACCCCCGCCCGGGAUCAAAUUUCAUUGCCUAAAGCCUGAGACCUACCCCCCCAUAUUCUUUUCUGCACCUUUAACUCUACAAAGCCGAUUCAUUACUGCACGCAUGUCCCCGUUAUUCUAUGAUACACGAAUCACAAACCGUACAUUCCAUAACAUGACCAGUGUGAAAUUGAGCUAUGAGCAAGUCAAAAUGCUGGCGCUGAACUCCAAAUUUGUAUGCUCUUCAAUGAGGAAUACCUACUAUAACAAGAACUUGAAACCUGGCUCCAAGAAAUCAUCACUCCCCCUCCGUUGCAUCAUCGAACCAUCUUCUUGA